CUUCGUCUUCAUCGUUCACUGCUUCACUACCUCUGCUUCACUACCUAGAGAGAGAAAGUAGAGAGACAGAGACGGAGUCGACCUCUAAUGGAGAGUCGCUUCGUCAUCUAAUCAACCCACACCUUCAAAAUCAAAACAAUCGUCAAGCGCAGAUCACACACCAAUUCUCACAAAAAAAAAAAAACCCUAGAAAUCAUCACCACCACCACCAACAACAAUGGCUUCUCGGAAGCUCCUCUCCUCUCUCCUCCGAUCCUCCUCUUCUUCAAUUCGCCGCUCUCUCUCCAAAUCCCCAAACCCUAGAGCACCGUCCACCUCCCGCCCCUCUCCGGCGGGCUACCUCCUCUCCCGCGCCGUCAACUACUCCACCUCCGCCUCGGCCCCGGCUCCGCCGCCUCCGCCGCCGGCGAAAUCCGGUAGUCCGAGCGGGAAGAUCACGGAUGAGUUCACCGGCGCGGGAUCGAUCGGGAAAGUGUGUCAGGUGAUCGGAGCUGUUGUGGAUGUGAGGUUCGACGAGGGGUUACCGCCGAUCUUGACGGCUUUGGAGGUUCUGGAUAACUCGAUUCGGUUGGUGCUUGAGGUAGCUCAGCAUUUGGGUGAGAAUAUGGUGAGGACUAUUGCUAUGGAUGGGACUGAAGGGCUUGUUCGCGGACAGAGAGUGCUCAACACUGGCUCUCCUAUUACUGUGCCAGUUGGUAGGGCCACCCUUGGCCGCAUCAUGAAUGUUAUUGGAGAGCCUAUUGAUGAGAAAGGAGACUUAAAAACAGACCACUAUCUGCCCAUCCAUCGAGAAGCUCCUGCCUUCGUUGAACAGGCAACUGAACAACAGAUCCUUGUUACUGGAAUCAAGGUUGUUGACCUCCUUGCACCUUACCAAAGAGGUGGAAAGAUUGGGCUCUUUGGUGGUGCUGGUGUAGGAAAGACGGUUCUUAUUAUGGAACUUAUAAACAAUGUUGCGAAAGCCCAUGGUGGUUUCUCUGUUUUUGCUGGCGUUGGAGAACGUACUCGAGAAGGUAAUGAUUUGUACAGGGAAAUGAUUGAGAGCGGUGUGAUUAAGCUUGGAGAAAAGCAGAGUGAUAGCAAGUGUGCCCUUGUGUAUGGUCAAAUGAAUGAGCCUCCUGGUGCCCGUGCUCGUGUGGGGCUUACUGGGCUAACUGUGGCUGAGCAUUUCCGAGAUGCUGAGGGGCAAGAUGUGCUCCUCUUCAUUGAUAACAUUUUCCGCUUCACCCAAGCUAACUCAGAAGUGUCUGCAUUGCUUGGUCGUAUCCCAUCUGCUGUUGGUUACCAACCUACCUUGGCUACAGAUCUUGGAGGCCUUCAAGAGCGUAUUACAACCACCAAGAAAGGUUCUAUCACAUCUGUCCAAGCUAUAUAUGUGCCUGCUGAUGAUUUAACAGAUCCAGCUCCGGCUACCACUUUUGCACAUCUGGACGCUACAACUGUGUUGUCCCGACAGAUUUCUGAGCUUGGUAUCUACCCUGCUGUGGACCCCUUAGAUUCUACAUCUCGCAUGUUAUCUCCCCAUAUUUUGGGAGAAGAACACUACAACACUGCUCGUGGUGUUCAGAAGGUUCUUCAGAACUACAAGAAUCUUCAAGAUAUCAUUGCCAUUUUGGGGAUGGAUGAGCUUAGUGAAGAUGAUAAGUUGACUGUUUCUCGUGCUCGUAAGAUCCAACGGUUCUUGAGCCAGCCUUUCCAUGUUGCUGAAGUGUUCACUGGAGCCCCAGGAAAAUAUGUAGAGCUAAAAGAGAGCAUUACCAGUUUCCAGGGAGUCCUGGAUGGUAAAUUCGAUGACCUUUCAGAGCAGUCAUUCUACAUGGUUGGUGGCAUUGAAGAAGUUAUUGCCAAGGCUGAAAAGAUUGCCAAGGAAUCUGCUGCUUAAUCUGCUUCUCUGUUUUUUUUGUUUUUGUUUUUGUUUUCUUUUUUCUCGAGUAGCUUCAAAAAGAUCAAUAAUGCAAUUGGCAUUGGUCAUGCCAACAUCGAGAGUUGUAUUAUUUUUGACACAAAACAGUAUUUGCAUCUCAUUCGAGGUUACAAUUUUUAAACUGAUUGAAUUGUGUUAUCAAGGAUAGGAUUAAGGCAAUGCCAGUAAGUACAGUAAAAAGAAACUCGGAUGUGUUCAUUUGA